UCUCUGGCCAUCAUGGCGGCGCCCAGGGAGACGCCGGAGCGGCGGCCUUUCGGGAGGCGCUUCCUCACCGACCCCGCCCGCCUCUUUCAGCACAACGCCUGGGAUAAUGUGGAAUGGUCAGAAGAGCAGGAAGCCAGUGCCAGGAGUAAAGUCCAAGAGAACAGCUCUCAGCUCUUGCCACAAGACAAACAAGAGGAAUAUGAGGUGAAUGCUAAGAGGUACUGGGAUGACUUCUAUAAAAUCCAUGAAAAUGGUUUCUUCAAGGACAGGCAUUGGCUGUUCACUGAAUUCCCUGAGCUGGCACCUAACAGGAACCCAGGGCAGAGCGGGGAUUCAGCGCCCGGCCGUGGCAACAAAGAGGAACCCAACAAGGAAGGGCUGGGAUGCUGUGAAAAUGGACAUUGCUCAUUGGGAGCCAGGGCAGAGAAUCAGUUAAACCUGCUCAAGGGCACACCUGAGAUCUGCACAGAAGAAGGGACUGCCCAGAAGGCCACUGAGCUGAGUCAGAGUGGUGGAGACUACCCAGGGUCAUCCGCAUCUUACCGCAUCCUAGAGGUUGGCUGUGGUGCUGGAAAUACAGUCUUCCCCAUAUUACAAACCAAUAAUGAUCCAGGCCUUUUUGUUUAUUGCUGUGAUUUUUCUACAGCAGCUGUGGAUCUGGUCCAGAACAAUGCAGACUAUGACUCCUCUCGCUGCUUUGCCUUUGUCCACGACCUGUGCAACGACCAAAGUCCUUUCCCCAUGCCAGAUGAGAGCCUUGAUGUUGUUAUUCUUAUCUUUGUCCUCUCAGCCAUUCUCCCAGAGAAGAUGCAGGGCAUUGUCACCAGGCUGAGUCGCCUUCUGAAGCCAGGAGGGAUGAUUUUGUUACGAGACUACGGCCGCUACGAUCUGGCCCAGCUUCGCUUUAAGAAAGGUCAGUGUCUGUCUGAUAACUUCUAUGUGAGAGGUGAUGGCACCAGAGUCUACUUCUUCACACAAGAUGAGUUAGAUGACCUCUUCACCACGGCUGGGCUGGAGAAAGUCCAGAAUCUGGUGGACCGGAGGCUGCAGGUGAACCGCGGGAAGCAAAUGACGAUGUAUCGAGUCUGGAUCCAGUGCAAGUACUGCAGGCCUGCUGCCCCCCAGCUGUGAGGGCACAGGGCCUGCUUCUCAGGCUGGGGCCUCUUCAGCACCAUCUGCAGUGAGUGUCUCCUCCUGGUGAGCUGUGGUUUGAUGGAGCUCAGCCCACACGGGACCCCAGUGCCUUUGACACUGCCUAGCAUCACUUCAAGUGAGUUGUGCUAAGGGUGGACGCUCUAAGGGGAGACCAAGCAGUGGUUCAGAUGUCUUGCUGCUGCUCUGAGGGUUUUUUAAUCAUGUUUUUAACAGCUUAAGAAAUGGUCAUGCUGUCUUACAGCAGCUGAGCAAGCUGAGUACCAAGUCACUCUUACUCUGGAUUUCCACCUGAAACAGGAAAGCUUUGACCUUACCUCUGUGUUGUGUGCUCUUGUCUUGGCAACAAAAGCCAUGCAAAGGGUAAAUCUCUUCUCUGCAGCUGGUCACUAGGCCUCAUAUGGAUCCCAUAACCAGCUUAGCCCAUACUGCUCCCCUCUAGCCAUUCAGCUUUGUGCAAACCCACAAGUUCAAGUACAUGGCCUGAAGGCAGGAGCCAAGAGCACACUGCUUUCCCAGUGUCAGCUUCCCCAUGGUGUGCAGGUAACCUGUGGAGAAAGCAGACUGUGCUGCCUUGUCCUCAUGUCCACAAGGGUGUUCACCUAGGGAGCUGGCACACUGUAGCUCAGGAGCUAUAAAUUCAUGUCAGGCAGCAGUCAGGUGUGGGGGCACCUCCAGAGUGCAGAGUGUCACAGGAGACCAGGACUGUGCAGAAUCACAGAACAGAACAAAUCUGGUUGGAGGAGACCUCAGAGAUCAGCCUGCUUUUGCUGCUUGAACAGUGAGAAACUCUUCUUGCUGGCUGCAGCCCCUAGCUCACAAGCUGCACUGGCCUGUCCUGGUGCUGUGCUAAAGCCAAGCAGACAAGACCCUUGUCUUUGGUAAGAAAUCAGAAGGAUGUCUACCUCUCUUGUUUCAUUUCUCAGAGGGAGCCAACUUUGUGGCUUGCUGAAGGUAUUUCCCCUCCUUUGACAGCAAAGAGCUUUUAUCUCCACUGGUUUUCUUUUCUUACUCUUAGGGUGUGGUACAACACAGGUAUUAGAAUAAAUUCUGUGGCAAUGCUUUUUCAGUGCUGGUUUGAUUAUUGUCAACCAGGCUUCCACAGGAACCCACAUGCUUCUGCAUGCCUGGCCUGAAGGAUUUGGGCCACCAUUAGCUAACUGCAGCUUUUUCCCCUCUUCU